CGAUACCUCGAUAGUGCCAUCGAUAGUUUCCCAGCUCUAUAACAAACCCCGAAAAUAAAACAUAAAUUUCAUCACAUGGAGACGGCAGUGAACGCAGAAGUGCCCGUGCCCGCAUCCCCCGCUGUGCUCAGCCUGAGCAAUUGCCCGGGCACCACGCCCGGUCAGCCGCAGAGCAAAAAUCAACUGAAGAAGCAACGCAAACUGGCCGAAUACACGGAGCUGAGGAAGUUGCGCCGGGAACGAGAGCGUGAGCGCAAAAAGCAGAAGCGUCGCGAGGCCAAGGAACUGGGUCUGCCCAUCCGCACAGGACCCUCACGCAAGGAGCUAAAGAAGCGCCAGGUCAUAACCGCCGAUUCCGCGCUCUCCGUGGCCAUUGAUUUGGAUUAUGAUGACCUGAUGCAGGAGCGUGAUAUAGCCAAGUGUGUGAAGCAAUGCCUGCGCAUUUACACAAUCAACAGGAGGAGCCCGCAUCCCGGCAAGCUGCACUUUACGGGCAUCCGUAGCAACGGCCAUAUCCAUGAAUCCUUUCGCAAAAACGACGGCUGGGAGAACUGGCAUGUGGCAUAUCAUUUUGAUCGUACUCACUUGCAGGUGUUUGAGAGCCAGCAGCUGGUCUAUCUCACCUGCGAGUCGGAUCAGGUGCUGGAUAAGCUGCAGCCGGGCAUUACCUAUGUGAUUGGCGGCCUGGUUGAUCACAAUCACUGGAAGGGUCUGUGCCAUCAGCGAGCCACGGAGGCGGGUCUGACCACAGCAAGGUUGCCACUAAGCGAGCACGUGGACAUGAAGACGCGCUCGGUGCUGAGUACCUAUCAUGUUUUUGAGCUGCUGAGCAAGGUGGCCGCUGGCCAGGACUGGACAAAGGCUAUUCUGGACACUAUACCGCUGCGCAAGGGUGCCAAGGCCAAGGCAACUAAUGGCAAGGAGGCGGAAGAUGAUCAGGAGGUGGAGGAGGAGCUGGAGUCGGUGGAAGAGAAGCUGGAACAGCUGGAGAAGCAGGAGGAGCAGGUGGAAGUGAAGGAGCAGCUGGAGAAGCAGGAAGAGCAGCUGGAGAAGAAGGAGGAGGAGGAGCAGGUGGACACCAAGACUCAUCAAAGAAAGGACCGUGAAUCCCUAACCCUAAGUUGACCUCAAAUCCAAAAUCGAGGUCUUUUUGAUUUUUAUUUUAGUUUCUUUUGUUGUUUUUACAAAAUCACAUUUAGUUUUGUUUCGCAAAUUAAAUUAAAACUUAAAUUACAUAUAGCGGAAAAUAAUAAUAGUAAUUGUAAUAAUAAAAAGAAAAACAAAAACAAAAAAAAAACAAGAAAAUAUGGUGUAUUUACUUGAGAACGUGCAAGUAGCCCAAGUUCUAAUUUCCAUUAUAAUUCACUUUCUUUUGUUUUAUUUUUUCUUCUUUUUUUGUGCACGUCAUAUGGCAAAUGUUAAAAAAAAAAGAUAUAUAUAUAUAUAGAUAGCACCGAACCAGAUUU